AUGGGUUCCCUGGCUACUGAUGCCUCCCUGUUUGAUGCAGUCGAAUACAUCCCACCCGAUGCCAUCUUUGACCUGACCCGACUGUAUCUUGCGGACCCAGACGCCCGAAAGGUCAACCUGGGCCAGGGCACUUACAAAGACGAGCAGGGCAAACCGUGGAUCCUGCCCUCCGUUCGUGUGGCGAAAGAGACAAUCCGAGAUGCAAACCAUGAGUACCUGCCGAUCCUGGGGCUGGCAUCAUUCCGAGCCCUGACUACUCAGCUGGUGUUCGGAGAAAAGUCAACAGUCAUCAAAGAGGAAAGAGUUGCCGCAUGCCAGGCACUCUCGGGGACUGGUGCUCUCUCCCUAGCCGGCUCUUUUCUGCACCAGACUCUGCCCGCUGGCACACCCGUGUAUAUCACCGAGCCGACGUGGUCGAACCACCGCCAGGUCUUUGAGGCCGUGGGGUUCGAGGUUCGCGAGUUCAGGUGGUACUCGGCCGAGACGGGCCAGCUGGACCUCCCCUCCGUUCUGGACGCCCUCUCGCAGGCUCCAUCGCAGUCCGUCUUCAUUUUCCAUGCCAGCGCACACAACCCCAGCGGCUGUGAUCCCAGCAAGGGGGCAUGGAGGCAGAUCGCCGACAUUGUCAAGGAGAGGCAACUACUGCCACUGUUUGACUCGGCGUACCUGGGCAUCACGUCUGGCAAUUAUGCAGAUGAUGCAUUCGCCAUCCGGUAUUUCGCUGAAGAGCUCGGCCUGGAGACGGUGGUCUGCGCCUCGUUUGCUAAGAAUAUGGGCCUCUACGGUGAGCGUGUUGGCCAUGUGUCCAUUACAACGAAGUCCGCCAGCUCAGCCAAGGCCGUCGAGUCGAGACUAGCACAAUUAACCCGCUCUCAUAUCUCCAAUCCGCCAGCAUUCGGUGCUCGCAUAGCGGCAGCCAUUCUUGGGGAUAGUGAGCUGCGCACACAAUGGAAACGGGACUUGGUCACCAUGAGCUCCCGUAUCGCUGGCAUGAGAAAGGCGCUCUACGAAGAGCUCGUGAAGUUGGGUACACCGGGCGACUGGAAGCGCAUCUUGGAACAGAAGGGCAUGUUUUGCAUUCUAGGAAUGAGUCUCGAAGAGGUGCUGAAACUGCGAGGACUAAAUAAGGACAACGUAGCAUAUGUCGCCGCUGGGAUCGACAACGUGGUGCGGAAUAGAUAG